AUGCAAUUUUCAUUCGGCUUGGUACAGCAGCCAUCAAAGCACGGCUUCUCACAACUACAGCAUAAUAAUUGUAUUUCUUUUUGUAGAAUCUGUGUCAUCACCUUGGCAGAAGCCCAUCCUCUUCUUCAAAAUGGAAAAACAAUUAAAAGCAUUAAUUACCAAAUCAGUGCCAACUGUAGCAGACUCCAGAAUAAGGUCUCUGGGAAGUCAAAAAGGGGAGCUCAGUUUUUAACAGAACUGGCCCCUCUGUGCAGGAUAUCUUCAUCAGAUGGAGAGGAAUACACCAUUUAUAGUUGUAUACGAGGGCGACUGAUAGAAGUGAAUGAAAACAUUCUUAGCAAUCCUGCUAUUCUGCAAGAAAAGCCAUCAACCGAGGGAUACAUUGCAGUGGUUCUACCCAAAUUUGAAGAAAGCAAGAGUAUAACUCAAGGACUUCUGACGCAGAAGGAGUACGAGGAAGUUUUGUUGAAACGUCUUAAUUCUUCUUCAUGAAAUGAAUUAUACAGUUAUUGUCUGUAUUUGAUACUAAAUAAGCUACUUUUAUUGUACGCUGUAACUUUCAUGGUAUUGAAAGGCCUAGCGCCUGUUUUUAAAAGUGGAACUUAAGAUGCUUGACUCAUACAAGAAUAAACCAGUUCAAAUAGUUUGUAUAUUAAAAUUUGCUUUCUCUUUUUCUCUGAAUUCUAGCACUACAAGUUUUUAAAUAAGAACAGAAUGGUAUGUUGGAGAGUAUUUAUGUUCCACAGGCAGCUUUGCUUCUGCUCAGUGCAAGCAUAAUACAUACAGAAAAAUCGUAUGAUUUAGCGGUCACUUAAUUUAGCUAAAGUAAUACAAUAUGGAGUUUGACAAAGGUGAAUUGAAAAUAAAAAUAUAACAGAAGCCUAUGUACAAAGAGCAGAUAAACUGGAAAAUAUGUCUUUCACAGCAGGUUGUAUUUUCACGGCAUCCUAAAGUCAAAUAAUGCCCUUUGUACAGAAAUUUGUUAUAAUCAGUAUCUGUUUUCUUAAAUUUUAAAUGGUAUAAUGUAAAGUCUACGUAAUACUUCAGUGGUUCUACAUGCAAUUCAAAUUCAGCUCAGUAAGUUUUAAUAAAAAAGGAAGCAACAACUGCCAUCUACAAAUAAAGAUGGUAAAAGAAAAAGGGUUUGAGUCAGUAUUAAUCACUUAGAAAUACGCUUUUGGAAAUAUGAAUCAUGUCAACAAGAUUAAAAUUCAGUGGUGCAGCUAAUGAAAGAGGGUUUUUUUCCUAGAACUACUUCAUUGCAGGUAUAACUCAUGACUAAGAUAACAUUUCAGUGCUUUAGGCCACAGCCUUUCAGACUAUUUUCCUGAUUCUGCUUUAUCAAAUACAUAGACUGAAACAGGCCAGAGAUGAGUUUACAGACUUCAACAGUAGUGUUACAUAUAGCAUAUGCAGCACAAGGCUCUUUAUAUAAAAUGUCUAUUAGCAGCAUCUUUGGGUUGAAACAUCCAUUAAGACAUUCGUAAGCAUUAAUUACAAAACCGGUAUCAAUAGUGAGCAUAGGAAAGGCAUUCACAUUAUAAAAAUACGUAACAAUUAGACUAGUUGGUGUUGUAAUUGCUAAGUAAUGGGACAUCUAUUAGAUGUGACAAAGGUCAACAGUUUUAAUUCAAAUUAACCUGGUUUGACUUUCCACAAAUGAAAGCAAUACUGAAAAUUCAGCAAGCGUUAUUUUCAAAUGGGAGUUCCUGCAUUUCUAAGUGCUAUAAUUACUUGCUCUCUAAAAACGUCAUGUUUGUUACAUGAUUUUCUAAAGCCUUGAUGCCAAACGUCUCAGCUCUCCUUUCUGGAGUAUGUGCGUUUGUACCGGUUCGUAUUCUGUCUUCUCUCCAUGGUGGAGCAGGUUUAAGACAGCCAUUUCCUGC